AUGGGAUUGUACACUACACCAUGGCAUGCAGCUGGUUAUUAUUUCAAUCCUGAAUUCUAUUAUGUCGAUGAGGAAAUCGAGAAUGAUAGAGAAGUAUCGGAGGGGUUGCAUGCAUGCAUUUCUAGGCUUGUCCCAUGCAAAGUGAGACAAGAAUUGAUCAUGACUGAGAUGAUACAAUGGGUGAAUCAAGCUGGGUUUUUUGGAUUAGAAGUACCAAAGGUACAACGUGGUAAAAUUGCUCCCACUGAAUGGUGGAAACUGUACGAGAAGGGAACUCCUAAUCUGCAACAGAUAGCUAUUAAGAUCCAUUCAAAAAAAAGGAACCAGUUAGAACAUCAAAAGUUGCAUGAUCUUGUUUUUGUCAAGUAUAACAAGAUGCUUAAACUUCGAAGAGAUGCAAAUGUUGCUUAUGACCCAAUUGCAUUGGAUGAAAUUGAUGACAGCAACGAAUGGCUAACCGGGGAGAUGGAUCAAGAUAGAGUCUUUGAUGAUGAUUGGAAUUUGACAUGGACACUUGUUGGGGAAGCUAUCGGGGCGGGUGAGGAAAGAAGAACAAGAGCAACAUUCUCAAAAGCUACAACAUCAAAUGCGUCUAAGAAAAAAAAGGUUGAUCGAUGA